GGUUUCGCUUUUAUUCAUACUCAUGAAAAUGAACAACUUUGUACUAAUGAGACAUGGCCAGGAGAAAUAGGUCGUCUCAAGACCAAUACUGUAUUGCAAUAUGACGAUCAAUUUGAUCAUGUUGAGUUUUGGGGUUAUCCUGCGCUUGCAAAGCGACCUAAGCGAAAGAAAAGUUCUCAAUAUGAAUUUAAACCUGUAGAAUUAUUUAAACUUCACCUGGGUAAUCUGUUUGAAGAUAUGAAACCUAAACUUCCUGUGGACUAUAAAAAAGCGAUCACUGAUUAUCUUAGGGAAAUAGGAAAG